AUGAACCAACCCUCAAACGAAGGCGCUGACAGCAGCCCUAUACCCACUCUUGGGAAAACCCUCAUUUCAGAAAAGGAGCCCUUGGCUCGCCGAUUCCGUGCCUUAUUUUCCUUAAAACAUGUAGCCUGUCAACAGCCCCCCACAGAAGAGAACCUGCCAGCCAUACAGGCGAUCGCGGCGGCAUUCACGUCGUCAUCCGCUUUAUUAAAACAUGAACUUGCCUACUGUCUUGGGCAAACUAAAAAUUUAGCCUGCGUUCCUUAUCUACGGGAGGUUUUAGAGGACCGAAACGAAGAUGCGAUGUGUCGACACGAAGCAGCAGAGGCCCUGGGAGCCCUGGGCGACACAAGCAGCUUAGGUACCCUCAGGAGUUUGAGAGAUGAUGAAAACGAGGUUGAUGUUGUAAGGGAGACUUGUGAUCUUGCGGUGGAUAGAAUUUUAUGGGAAACGUCUGAUCAACGAAAGACUGAAAAAUUAAAAAAAAGUGAUUUCGCAUCGAUUGACCCUGCCCCUCCGCUUCCCAUGCCUACCGACGAGCCUUCCAUUCCUGAAUUAAAACAAACCCUGCUCGACUCGAAACUCCCACUUUUCCAAAGGUACCGGGCGAUGUUCGCCCUUAGAGAUCUUGCAUCACCGCCCAAUCUCCCGACUGCUGUCCCAGCAAUAGAAGCCCUGGCAGAAGGUUUCAAGGACUCUUCGGCACUCUUCCGUCAUGAGAUAGCAUUUGUUUUUGGCCAGUUGUCUCAUCCUGCCAGUAUUCCUAGUCUCACAGCCACGCUCAACAAUAGGGAGGAAGCUAGCAUGGUGCGUCACGAAGCUGCAGAGGCUCUUGGAAGUCUUGGAGAGGAGGAAGGCGUGGAGGAGACGCUGCGGUUGUUUUUGAAUGAUCCCGAGCAAGUGGUGAGGGACAGUGUCGUUGUUGCACUUGAUAUGGCAGAAUACGAAAAGAAUAGAGAGAAGGAGUAUGCGCUACUUCCUCAGCCUGCAACGGCUUCGGCGUAA